AUGAUCGAACAAUUGAGAAUAGCAGGAGAUCAACUCCGCACAGCCUGGGAUAACUACUUCCGUGUCUACUCACGCCUGGAAUAUGACUAUCCUGGAAAAAAGACAUCUAGUGGCUAUAGUUUCCCCCUGGAGAUCGCUCGUCAACUCGAAACAGAACUAGCCUUUAUUUCCUCUUAUGAACCGAAAAUACAAGAAAUCAAAGUCACCAUAGGUAGCACUCGUAAUUACUGUUGUGGCCUCGCUCCAAUCAACACCCUUCCUCCCGAAAUAUUAGCUCGUAUAUUUUAUCUGUCAUUACCGCCGUCUUGCGACAUUCAUUUAAUUUCCUCCGGUAACGCACAUUACUCUCGAUACCCAGACCAUUUAGGACAGGUGUGCGCCCUCUGGCGUAGAGUCGCCAUUUCCACCCAAGCCUUGUGGUGCCAUAUUGACUUAUCAGAUAUUAGGCCGUACUCUGAAGGACUAGUGACUCGGGCAAGUAUACAUGCCGCGCGUGCGGGAAAGCUCCCAAUCGAGCUUCAUAUCUUCACAAACGACGAUUACAGCUUUGAAUGCAAUAAUCGAUACCUAUUUCUACCUCAUAUUUCCCGACGCGUCGAAACCCUGGAGCUUAGGAUGGCGGGACCGUUCCGAGAAUUUCAUAGUGGCCUAUUCAAGCUCUUGCUCCAAAAACAUCCCAUUCUUGACAAACUCGCGCUGAGUUCCGAGAGCUCUUAUUAUAAUAAUUUUCUCGUUAGCAACUCAUACGACACUAUCGAUUGGGGAAGGGACUCCUGGCCCCUUAUCAUAGAUUGCUCCGAGGAUGACAUCGAGAAUUCUUUUUCCUCUCUGUCGGUACUGCAUCUACGUGGCAUCUUUCCAUUGUGGAAUAGUACAGCAUACCACGGACUUGUAGACCUUCGUUUGUUAUCGACACCCAACUGGUCCCACAUUGGGGAGGCGGAGCUUAUAACUAUUCUGAGGUCGAGUCCAGGACUACGUAUUUUACAUUUUGGACUCCAAAUAGACGAUCCUAUUGCAGGUGAUGAAGGAGUGACGCCACUACCUCUGAAAGAUCUGCAGGUCGUUCACAUAUUUGUUGAAGACCAUGAAGAAAUGCGUUUACAUCCUGAUAGUAUUCUUCGACUGCUAGCCCCGGGUCGAGAGCUUCUCCAGCUUUGCAUUAGUGGCUUUUACACACCGGGAACCGAUUCUGUCACAGAACUAGAGAAGUUCAUUUUCCGCUCGAGACUAUCACAUUUCUACUCUCGAUACAACUUCCCGCCACUCAGUCUGUUGCUUCACCAAGCAGGUGACAUCCAGCGCAUUGUGCUCAAAGACCUGGGCUAUCAGAAUCGUGUCGAACUUCCCGCUACAUGGAUGCAGAUCAAGCAAUUUGCAUCACUACCCCGUCUCACAUCCAUAGAUAUUAUAGAUUCGGCUCUACUCCAAAGUGACGUCCGCUUGUUGUACGAGUGCUGCCCUAGUGGUAUCACACUGCAGUCCUCCAGGGUCGUCGAAGUCGAUUUGGAGGCUGAUAUCGAGUUUAUACUACUUAGUCCGGAUGAACUAGUAGAAACCUUUCCAGGAAUUAGUCUAGAAGAAAACGAUCGUAUUUAUUGCGACGAUUCUACUCUAGGUUGGGAUGAAUGGAUUGGGAUUGCCUAG